AUGGCAGGCACCAAUCCUCCUCGCCCCUUUAUAAGUCAUCACCCCCACCAGCUGCGCCCUCCCUCGCAACCUUAUUUAACUCAACUUGAACACCCACCCCUCCUCUCAAGGAUCCUCGAAUUCACCUUGCCCAAAACGAAUACACACACCUCCAGUCCGAAAAUGAACAAACUAAAAUCCCUCCUCCCGACAUCCUCAAAAUUCAAAUCCUUCACCCGCGAACAACCAACCCCACAAUUCACACACACCACCAUCCUCCCAAAACACAACCGCAACCUCCCGCGCCCGCCCAACGCGCCGCGCCUCCUCCUCAUCGGCGGUGGCUCGCGCGGCGCAGCUAUCGCACAAGCAAUCGAGGACGGCACAGAUGGUAUCCUCGUAUCGGUUGCGGACCCGGAUCCGGGGCGGCGUAAGGACAUUGGGCAGAGGUUCAUUUGGAGGAAAGGCGAGGUGAAAGAGGGGAUGGAGUUUGAAAGUUGGAGGGGGUUUUUGGAGUGGGAGUUGCGAAGAAGGGAGCUUCGACUAGGGGCUGCAUCAAACCCAAAUCCCGAGGGGAAGAGCCAAGGUGAAACCAAAGGCAAAACCGACGAUGCGCAUGGUGAGGCAAGUAGUGUCCAAAUCGACGCCGUGAUAAUCGCGACGCCGGACCGGACACACCGCGAGAUCGUGACCGCGCUUGCACCACUCGGAAUACACAUCAUGUGCGAGAAGCCGCUCGCAACGACGUUGGAGGAUUGCGUUGCCAUUUCGCGGAGCUUGGGUGUCCCUCUGCACUCGACGAAUGUGGACUCGGAGGGGAGUGCUAGCCCUGGCCCUGGUGCUCUGUUCGCGAUCGGGCACGUCAUGCGGUACGCGCCGAUUAACCAACUCAUUCGAGAGUUGAUCUUUGAGGAGGGUGUCGUCGGGGAUAUUGUCUCGAUCGAACAUACCGAGAACGUCGGGUGGUGGCAUUUUGCGCAUAGUUAUGUCCGAGGCAACUGGCGCAACGCGCAGACCUCGGGACCAACCCUCCUCACAAAAUCCUGCCACGACAUCGACUUCCUCAUGUGGCUGCUUUGCGCACCUUCCCCAACGGGAAAACCACACACCCCGUCAAGCAUCGCCUCCUUCGGCAGUGUAUCACACUUCAAACGCGCCCGCAAACCACCCGCCGCAGACAGCGCAACAAACUGCCUCUCCUGCCCCGCCGAAAAAGACUGCCAUUUCUCCGCCAAGAGCAUCUACCUUGAGAAGGGACUGCGCAUGGGACUUGGCGGGUGGCCGGUUAAUGUCGUUGUUCCUGAUAUCGAGGAUAUUAUGCAGGAGGGCGGGAUGAGGGCGGCCGAGGAGGAGCUGCUAAGGAAGUUGGAGGACGAUUAUACGCCCGAGACUCCGACAGAAGUCGUGGACGGGAAGCAGUGGUAUGGCCGAUGUGUGUACGAGUCUGAUAAUAACGUCUGCGACGACCAGACGGUGCAUAUAACCUGGGAAGAUAAUACAGUCACUCUACCCGACGGCUCAGCGACGAUUCGACCAAGCAAAAGCGCAACAUUGCACAUGACCGCCUUCGCCGAGGGAAUCUGCACAAAACGCACGCGCGUCCUCGGGACAAAAGGCGAGAUCGAGCGGCGCGGCAACGUACUCGCAGUAUGCGACUUUACGACGGGCAAGUUCUACGAGAAACGACCGCCCGUUAGCAUUGGUGGCCAUGGCGGUGGAGAUCACGGGCUCAUGAGGGCGUUUGUAAGUGCCGUUGAUGCGGUUAAGAAUCUGGGCAUGUCUGUGGAGCAGGCGCAGGGCAAGUUUAUUGGGUGUGGGGUUGAGGAUAUUGUGCGGAGCCAUGCGGUGGUUUUUGCGGCGGAGGAGGCGAGGGUGGACAGGAGGAUUGUGGAUUGGGAUGCGUGGUGGAGGGAGAAUGUAAUUGAUAGUCAUGCUGACAGUAGCGAGGCAUAG